ACGGUAAGAUGAUGCGGUGUCCUAAAAUAAGACGAAAGAGAAAAAGCAUGAAAAGUAUGACUGCAGCCUCCUCUUUAUUCCUGACACUGUAACCACUUUUGUUGGUCAAUCCCAAAAUUCCCAAGUGCUGGCAAGGAAUGGCAAAAUCAGCAGAAUGCGGAGUAGUACCGCAGGCAAAGGCAACUGUCGAGAUGAAGAGAGAAUUGGAAAGAAUGGUGAAUGCUAUAGUGGAGGAGGAGGAUUAUACGGUAGAGGCAACUGAUCAUGCUAUGGGAAUUUUAUGGGCUCUUAAGGAUUUGAAGUUGAAGGCUGUGAUGAAACCACAAGAAUUGUUGGGACUUGAUAAUUUUUGUUUCUCUGCAGUUCCUCCUCCUCCUCCAGAAUUAAGGUGUCCAAUUUCUGGAGAACUUAUGAAAGAUCCUGUUGUAUUGGCCUCUGGUCAGACAUAUGAUGAAACAUUUAUCCAAAAAUGGUUAAAAGAUGGCCAUCAGACAUGUCCUACAACUGAUCAUGUACUGCCCCAUACUCUGCUCACCCCUAAUCACUUGGUCAAGAAAAUUAUUUCCAAAUGGAGCAAGGAGAAGACCUCUGAGAUGUCCAGUGCUGAAAUGGAGGGUGGUGAGGAAUAUGUAGAAGAUGCAAACUUACAACAAUUUACUACCCUUCUCGAACGACUUUCGUCUUCUUCCCUUUCUGAUCAGAAAGAGGCAGUCAAAGAGACUCGGGUGCUCUCUAAUCGCUCACCUUCUUUUCGUGCUCGUUUUCAAGAUGCCAUUCCUCAAUUAUUCGAUACAGUAUUGCUUGAAAGGGCUAAUUCUUAUAUUGAUCUCCGUGAAGAUUUGGUAGCGAUCAUUUUGAAUCUCUCUGUUCAUGACAGCAAUAGAAAGCUAGUCGGGGAAACUCCAUCGGCCAUUCAUUUUCUUAUAGAGACCUUGAGAAACGAAAGAAUCGAAACGAGGAGCAAUGCUGCUGCAGCCCUGUUGGUAUUAUCAACCCUCGACUCAAAUAAACACAUUAUUGGAAAAUCAGGCGCUAUUAAACCCCUUAUCGACCUCAUUGAAGAAGGGCAUCCAUUGACAGUAAAGGAUGCUGCCGCAGCAAUCUUAAGUUUAUGCACUGUUGUGGAAAAUAGGGCCUGGGCUGUGACUUUAGGGGCAGUCACUGUACUCACAAAGAAAGUUAUGGAUGAUAUUCUCAUUGAUGAAAUGUUAGAUAUUCUUGCAAUACUGUGCAGCCAUCAGAAGGCCGUCGAGGAGCUUGGAGAGCUUGGGGCUGUAUCGUGCCUGCUCGACAUAUUAAGGAAAAACGUGAGCGAACUUAACAAGGAGAAGUGUGUUGCAAUCUUGUAUACGAUGUGUUUCAGUGAUCGAACAAAGCUGAGGGAGAUUCUGGCAGUGGAGAGUGCUUGUGAAACGCUCUCUAACGUUGCACAAACAGGAACUUCAAGGGCUAGAAGGAAAGCAAAUGGCAUUCUUGAGAGGCUUAACUGAUAUGCUUUCGUUCCAUACACUGCUUAAAAUUGAUUGUUCAUAAAACCCUGAACAUUUUUAGCAUCCCACUUUUGUAUAUUGCCAGAUCCUUCCUGAUUCACACACAGUAAUCCUGAAACUUGCUUGCUUAUGAAAAUUUAUAAUAUUGUUUUUGACUGGAAUUUUU